CCUGGGAAUGCAUGCUUCUGAGCAAACUGUAGGAUUGUGGAGGUCCUAGCCCUUCCACCCGGCGGCUUAUCGCGCCAGUAAUUUUUGCACAAUAAUAUAAGCAAACGUCAGUAACCUUGUAACUGGAAAGAGUAGUCAUUUAUUUUCUUCUGAUUGGUUGAAGGCGGGGCCCAGCCCUUCGUGACAACCGCGCUCGGCAGGCUCGCACAGUAUGGGGAAGAAGAAGAAAAACAAAGAGCAAGAGAUCGUCUUUUGCUAUUACUGUGAUCGUGUGUUCGACGACGAGGCUGCGCUGAUUGUACACCAAAAGAACAAGCACUUUAAAUGUCCCGAGUGCAAUCGAAAAAUGAACACGGCGCAAGGCCUGGCGACGCAUGCGUUUCAGGUCCACAAGCUGACGGUUACGGCGGUACCUGCAGCGAAACCGGGGAGAGACUCUAUGAGCAUCGAAAUUUUCGGAAUGGCGGGUAUGCCAGACGAUGUCCGGCAGGCGAAGUUAGGUGACGGACCCGCGGCAAAGAAAGCACGAACCGAUGACGAUGACGAUGUGACCCCGCCGCCUGCUCCAGCUCCUGCACCGCCGCCGCCACCAGCCCCGGCGGCAAGCGCGUUUCCUCAGCCCGCUGGUCCACCCCCGCCAGGCGCUCCACCCGGCGUUCCGCCUCCCAUGGGUUACCCACCCGGGCCUUACGGACCCCCUCCGCCUUAUGGUUACCCGCCCUAUGGCGUGCCACCGCCGGGUUUUCCACCUCGGCAGGGGAUGCCGCCGGCACCGUACGGAGCCCCGCCUCCGUACGGCGCGCCGCCACCAGGUUAUCCACCGCGCCCUCCGCCGCCAGGCAUGCCGCCGCAUCCGGGAAUGCCACCGCCUCAUCCUGGUAUGCCUUCGCAUUCGCCACAUCCGGGAAUGCCACCACCGCAUCCAGCUGCUGGCGGAAUGCCAGGGAUGCCGCCGGGGGCACCGCGGCCACCAGGGCCUUAUCCGCCGCCGUACAUGCCCCCACCGGGCGCUCCAGGGAUGCCUCCUCCGCCUGGGGUGCCGCCCCAAGGUGUCGCCCCACCGGGGAUGCCGCCGCCGCUGUUCCCCAUAAGCCAGCCGCCACCGGGGUUACCAGGGCAACCACCAGCUCUGUUCCCAGUAGGUGCGCCCCCUCCUGGAGCGAUGGCCGCAGCUGGCGGCCCUGGUGCCGCCAGUGCGGUGAGCGGUGCAGCAACCCCAGCCGCCGCGCCA